CUUGCUGUAAUAAACAUUUCAACAGUGUUUUUUACUUUGCUAUCAGCGGAUUAGUGUUACACACGCGAGACACACUUUAUUGGACCUAUAACUACAACCUGGGUUUAACAGAGGGAAAGACCUGGGUGGAAUUAUUGAAAACUAGGUGGAGACACAGAACAGAUUGACCCAAGACCUGAAACACAAAUAUCAAUAUUGAUAUUAUUACGUUGUGUUGUGUGAGGGACUGAACUGCAGCACAGCCUGCCAUUGACUUGACGUAACUUUCAGGAUUAUAAGCCAAGGAAGACAACUAUGAGUCAGGUACUCGGACCUCACCGCAAUGAGGACCACGAAAUGUUGGUCCCACCAGAAGAUCAGAGGCGGACCAGAUGGAGUGCUGAAAACUCUUCGGGCCCUGUAGCAACUGUCAAUGACGAGCCCUUGCUGAAUGCAGAGUACCAGAAGCCAACCACUGUUACCUAUCCAAACCAAACUUCUGUUGGCUACCCUUAUCCAACUCCUCCUGGCUACUAUCAACAACCUCCUGCUGGACACCCUCAACAAUCUUCUGCUAACAGUGUAGUCGUUGUCCAGCCUGGCACAUCAACCACACCUGUGUAUAACACUGGACACGCUACAGACUACACUGUGUUUAGUAUAUUUGUGACUCUGUGUUGUUGCCCACCCAUGGGGAUCUGCGCCUUGAUUGAUGCAAGAGAUUCCAAGGCCCAUUUGUUGCUAGGCAACACACAGAAAGCCCAAGACCUGGCUCGCAAGUCUCGAAACUGGAACAUUGCUGGACUGACCAUUGGUGUUGUAACACUGGCUGCCUUGAUUAUCUUUCUGACCAUCUUUUUAGUUAAUUCUACUGAUCAUGCGUGGUCCAGUGGUGGAGAAUACAACGGUUGGCAUUAUCCAGGCCCUUGGGGUACUCUCGGUCCUUAUGAUACUCCAGGCCCUUAUGAUACUCCAGGCCCUGGGGAUACUCGGGGCCCUGACGAUACUCCAGGCCCUUGGGAUACACGGGCCCCUUGGAAAUAAGGCCUUAAGACUUUUGGCAGUCGCCUUUGCUUAAUCUCUGUAACAUCAAUACAUUUAAUCUUAGAUGUCUGUGUUUGUCUUUAUGUAACUUGUUUUUAUUCAUCUUAUUAAACACUCGUUUCAAGAUACAUUUUUUACAAUAUUUAAAACCUAUGAUUGUUUCACCAUAGGAUGCAAUGAUCAGACACACAUAUCUGUAUACCAUGUGCAUGUGAUAUAAUCUGAAUGCACAUUAAGUUUCUCAUAUAAACUCACUCUUGUCUGUCUGGUAAAAUUUUUUUACACGUAAUUUCUUCGACACCCAAUCUCGGAUCAAGCUGAAAUUUUGCUAAAUUCUUUCUUUUAUCUGACAACACAAAAACCAAUAAAAAAAAAAUCAACCAAUUAGUUAAUUAACCAUUGGUAAUUAAUUAUUUUGUUUGGUAUCUCAAACAAGGGAAAGAAAUUGUACUUGACUGCGCUGGUUGAAUUAGUCCUCCUUAUAGGUCGUGGCUGUAAAGUAAGUAACAAAUAAUACAUGGAUAUACAAUUUCUGUUCUCACACACACCUCACUGGCAGAGUGGACACAAUGUCGGCUAGAGUCAUGAGUUCGAAUUCCAGUCACCCUUUAAAAAAAAUGCUUACGAUUAUUAUUAUUAUUAUAGCUUUUAUAUAGCGCUACUUUCAUGCUUAUAGCAUGCUCAGAGCGCUUUUGGUCCAAUCUCAUUUGUGGACCAGUGGGGGGGAUGGGGUAUCUAGGAGUUGGUUUUCCGUGCUGCCUUUGGGCGCUCAGUAAACACAACUCUGCCCGAGUCGGGUGUCGAACCUCGAGCCCCCUUCUAGGUAGCCAAGCCAAGUUCAAGCGCACUUGCCCUCUCGACCACGCUUCCCACCAUUACGAUAAAUUUCCCCCAGACACCACCCUCCCCCCAUGUUUCCAAAUGGUCCAGAUGGAUCAUAUCGUAAUUGAGAAAGCUAUAAGCAUGAAAUAACGCUAAAUAAAAACAAUCGGUUAAAAUAUUUCUCAUCACACAGAUUCAUUGCUGUUGGUGUCGAUCCAAUACGCACUCAUUUACAGGGCUCAUUCAAAACUAAUUGAAAUAAUUACACUUAAUUUAUGCUUUUUUUUUUUUAAUUUUUUUUAAUGCUUUUCUUGUUCUGAUUUGUAGACAAAUCGAAAUUAGUUUGAAUUGUGUUCACCAAUAACUAACUGCACAACUGAUUACAAAUAUGUAAAAAAAAAACGAAUAUAGGUCUACUAAUUAGAAAUCUAUAUAAACUGCUCUAUGCUUUUGUUUUCCUUUGUAUUAAAAAUAAAAUUUUAAAAAAAGUGUAUUUUGUUUUCCUUUGUAUUAAAAAUAAAAUUUAAAAAAAAA